AUGUUUGAACUAGAUAUUAAUGGCAUUUAUUACCGUAAAGAACUCGAACGACCUGUUCUUCGUGAAGAUGACGUGUAUCAAGAGCCUAAGAAAAAUCUCAAAGAAUACUGUCGUGUGUUGGAUGUUUUGAUAGAUCAUUGCAUCGACAAUCCUACAAAACCUUUGAUUGGCACUAGAUUUUAUAAUGACGAUUGGUACAAAUCUGAGGAACCAACUUUUUCAAAUGAAGUAAAAUGGAUGACUUAUAUUGAUCUGGCUAAGGCCGCAAUCUCUUUUUCAGUUAGUAUUCACGAUAGAAACCUCUGCCCGAUUAACAAUUACCCAGACGAAGAAUAUGAAAAUGCGGCAAAUAUGCGUGUACUAGACUUAUACCGUAAAUACGCAAAACCAACUUCACUAAAGGAUGUUAAUACCAUUUGUUACACCAGUGGAACAACAGGAGUUGCUAAGGGAUGUUUGCAAACAAAUGCUAACUUCAUGUCGAUGCUUGCUUUUGGUCGAAACGAGUUAAAAAGUUACUACUGCGCAGAUCUCCAGGCAGAUGAUAUUUUGUUAUCGUAUUUGCCUUGUGCUCACGUGUUCGAGCGAAUAAUUCGAAUUCUCACUAUUGCUUUGGGAUUGAAGAUAUUUGUGUUUUCGGGAGUCAAAAAAAACGUAUUGGAUGAUAUCAGAAUUGGUAAAGUAACUAUUCUUCCCGCCGUUAGUAAAAUAAUCACUACUUUGGUCGAUAACAUGGACGCAGCACUUUCAAAAAAAUCAGGUGGGUUACUUCGUUGCCAAGCUAUUGUCGAUUACGGCUACCAGGGACCUGAAUUUGCCAAUCUAAACAAAAUGAAUCGCCGAGGUGAACUGUUGAUCAAAGGUAAAUCUAUUUUUGCUGGAUACUUUAGAAGGCCAGAUCUCACUCGCAAAGCUUUCUUCGUGAGACUAAAUACAACCAAUUAA